AUCGCAGGCUCCGGCUGGAAGUCACUCACUAAAAACCCCCCUCUGGUCGGAUAUCCUCGGGGGCCACCAUGAUCCGGACCGUUCUGUUAUGGCUGGCGCUGACCGUGGCUUCCCCUGGGCUCUCCGUGGCACAGAACAUCGCGGAGAUGUUCCUGGAAACCCUACAAAGAGAAGACUUGCUGUCUUACUUUGGCACAGAAAAUAUCCCAGCUUCCAGUGUUGACUUGGCCAACCUCACCUGCUCCUGUGAAGGCCUCGAGACACCAGACUCAUGUCCGGUCAAGAUUUGCUCCAUACAGGCGACUAUGCGGACCUACAUCUUCAGGUUUGCCGAUACCCAACGGUCAGUAAUAACGCAGCAUUUGGUGAAUGCAUCUCUGCAGCGGCUGAAGCUGUUCCCAGAAGGCUGUGGCUCGGCGGGCUCCAUACUUCAGCCGGCGAGGGCCAAAUCAGUCAUCACGUAUUGUCAAGGAGAGCUGCGGGGCUUUGUUACGGAAGAAGGGAACCAGCUUUUUAUCCAGCCGGUGAAAAAGAAGCAUUUGAUAUGGUCCAAGAGGCAGGAAUUUCCUUCUCCUUAUCUGCUCUUCCAGGCUGGAUUCUCUCCACCAACUCACAGAGGGUCAUCGCCCGUCCGACUGAAGAAACGAGCAGUUGCUGAGAUGAAGCACUUGGAGCUCUUGGUGGUUGUAGGUCAUGACGUGUACCAGUUCCACCAGGAAGACACGGAGAGAUACAUCCUCACCAACCUUAAUAUUGGCACGGAGCUGCUGAGAGAUGUCUCACUCGGAGCCCCUUUUCGAGUCCAUUUGGUGAAGAUGAUCAUCCUGCCCGAACCCCAGGCAGAUAUUAAGAUCAGCAGUGACAUCAACUCUUCCCUGGUGAGUGUAUGUGAAUGGAGCCAGACAGUGAACCCGUCCGAUGAUACAGACCCGCUUCACGCUGACCUCAUUCUGUAUGUGACAAGGUUUGACCUCACUAAUGGGGAGAGGACGCUUCGAGGUGUCACUCAGCUUGGUGGAGCGUGCUCCUCUUUUUGGAGUUGCGUCAUCACUAAAGAUACUGGGUUUGACCUUGGAAUCACCAUCGCUCAUGAGAUUGGGCACAGUUUCGGAAUAAGCCAUGAUGGAACUGAUAAUAGCUGCACUGGGGAUGGGACUAUCAUGGCACCAGAGGAAAACCACAACAGCGUCCAUCUGACGUGGUCGGAGUGCAGUAGGGAACAGUUCCUUAAGUUCCUCAGUAGCGGACAAGCCAGCUGUAUUAAUGACCUGCCGGCAAUGGAGGGAAGUAUCCCCACCUGGAAGCCUGGUCUAUACUACGGAGCGGAUGAACAAUGUCAGAUUGCUUUCGGAAGCUCAGCCCUCGCAUGCACCUUCUCCAGAAACGACCUGGACACAUGCAGCGUCCUCUCCUGCCACCCGAGCCAACAGGACCGAAGCAGUUGCACCCGCAUCCUGGUUCCCCUUCUCGAUGGCACGGAAUGUGGAGAGAACAAGUGGUGCCACAAGGGUCGCUGUAGCUCCUUAGAGGAGCUGAAUCCCGUGGCGGUUGUCCAUGGAGCCUGGUCCAGUUGGUCUUCUUUCUCCUCCUGUUCCAGAAGCUGCGGAGGUGGUGUGGUGACCAGAAAAAGACAAUGUAACAACCCUAGGCCUGCGUUUGGAGGUCAUGACUGUGAAGGACCCCAUGUACAAGCUGAGAUGUGUAAUACUCAUGCUUGUGUGACAUCUCAGUUGGACUUCAUGAAUGAACAAUGCUCCGCAACAGACACUGAACCCCUUCACAUUGCCCUUGGGAUCCCCAGCUUCUACAAGUGGACGUCAGCUGUUGGCUUUGCAUAUGGUGACUCUCUGUGUCAGCAUCUGUGUCGGGCCCAAGGGAAGAACUUCAUGGUGGCACGUGGGGACCAUUUUACCGAUGGCACUCGCUGUGAGCCAAGUGCUGGGACCGAUGCGGCACUCAGCCUGUGUGUAUCCGGGAUCUGCAAGGCAUUUGGCUGUGACGGUGUGAUGGACUCUGGAAUGGAGUUUGACCAGUGCGGGGUCUGCGGAGGGGACAAUAGCACAUGCGGUGUAGUCAAGGGCCAGUUCUCUGAAGGAAAGGCAGGAGGGUACGUCACCUUCCUGACUGUUCCUGUUGGCUCAGUGGCAAUCCAGGUGAACAACCAAAAGCCUUUAUUUACACAUUUAGCUGUAAAGAAGAAAGGCGCAUACCUGGUAGCUGGAAGGGGAAAAAUUUCUCUAAACGUCACAUACCCCUCUAUCCUGGAAGACCGGAAGAUAGAAUAUAGAUUGACUCUGACCUCAGACAAGCUGCCACAUCGAGAAGAAAUCCUUAUUGAUGGUCCUACUACUGAAGAAAUCGAGAUUCAGGUUUACAGAAAGUACGGACAGGAAUAUGGAGAGGUCACAAAUCCGGACAUCUCAUUCAGCUACCGCAUUCCUAAGAAGAGCCGUGAGAGUUAUGGAUGGUCCGCUGUAAGAGGACCUUGUUCUGCUAGCUGCGGAGGAGGUUUUCAGCAGGUGGAUUAUGAGUGCAAAGAGCUAACACUCCAACGGCUGGUUCAGUCCGAGCUCUGUGCUGAAUCUGUGUACCCCAACUCAACACAGGAGCCCUGCGGAGGGGACCCAUGCCCACCCAGGUGGGUAGUGAAGGAGUCCUCUCCAUGCUCAGUGACUUGUGGUGGAGGAGUGAUGCUCUUAACCAUUCAAUGUAUUCGCAACCAACAUGACACAGAAACCGUUCUGUCUGAAGGACAUUGUUCCCAUUCUCAAAGACCCAAGAGCUUCUCCACCUGUGGUUUGGAACCCUGUCCAGCCAGGUGGGAAGUGUCGGAGCCAGGUCUGUGCUCAGCAGUGUGCGGAUCUGGUUUGGCUUUGAGAAACGUCUCCUGUAUUCAGUCUCAAGGCGGUUUGGACACGUUGGUUGAGGAUUCUCAGUGUUUAGGUCAAGAGAAGCCACCGACUCUGGUAAAAUGCGUGGUCAGCGUCUGUCCAGUGGGCUGGGAGACGAUAGCCACUGUUACCGUGCAGUUAACGGGACUGAAUGACAACUCUUCACUGCUAACUACCCCUUUUGAGAAGGAGAUGGGGAUUUUUGUGUGGAGUCCUGUACUGGGUCAAUGUUCAGUUACCUGCGGCUCAGGAAUAGCAGAACUUCGUUAUAUUUGCGUUGAUUUUCACACAAAAGAAGAAACAUUGGAGAAAAAUUGUAACCAAACGUUGAAGCCGGAAAGGCACUGGAAUCCCUGUUACCCCCAAAGCUGCCCCCCAAGCUGGGAGGUGAGGGAGCUGAUCCCUUGCCCCGUGACCUGCGGAGGAGCGAAAAUCCAACUUGAGGUCUUCUGCGUGAGAAGGGAAAAUGAGAAGUCGCGUCGUCUUCCUCAUGCCAAAUGCAGCAGGAGUCCCCGUCCGAGUGACACCAGAACGUGCGGAACUCAGCCCUGCCCUGUCCGGUGGAGCUACAAGAGAAGUUCUUGCAGCGUCAGCUGCGGUGGGGGCAUUUUACAGAGAAUCUUCUACUGUGUCCGAGACCACAAUGAAGGAGACAGCAAGGAGCAAAUUGUUGAGGAUACAGAAUGCCAGCAUCUACCACAUCAACAAGGGCAGGAGUCCUGCAACGAACAGCCGUGCCCACCUAGGUGGCAGGUGACACAGACCGGCCAGUGCUCCUCCGCUUGCGGAUAUGGCACCUCCACGCAAAGUGUGGUCUGUGUGCAGAGAGUAGCCGGGACUGAUAUCGAGGUGAACGCGACAGCCUGUCCUUCUCAUGAGAAACCUCCUUCAAUCAUCCCUUGCGUGGUCACCAACUGCUUUUUCUCAUGGGACGUUGGUCCCUGGGGCCAGUGUUCAGCCGCCUGUGGAAAUGGGAUCCAGAGACGCCAGAAUUUAUGCCUUAACCUGAAGACUCGCCAGCAGGUGAGCCCCGUCUUCUGCGGACAUGUUGCCAAACCCAUCACUAUGAGAGGCUGCUCCAGUGAUCCCUGCCGACGAGACACACAGACACCGGAGCCGCGGGUGACACCGACGUUCGCGGCAGUAACACAAGAAUCAAGUCUUCCCUCCACGAAGUCUCAACACAAAGCCGCGGUUAUCCCAGCUUACCAGAUGCCCGGGCCAAAACCCGACAAUAUGAAGGAGGAUGGGCACAGUAUCUGCGGACAGCAAUUCCUAAACUCCGCAGGAGUGGUGAACACUACAGGUUUCACCAAGUCCGACUGCAUGUUCUCCAUCGGCCGUCCACUAGGAGAAGUCAUCUUUGUUAAGGUGCUUUCCAGCUCCCUCAACUGCACCGCCGGAGAGCUGCUGCUGUUUCUAAGCAGGACCAUGUGGCAGAAAAAAUGCGUCCGGCUGUCCGGGGUGACCCUGGACUCCAAAUCCAAUACUCUGACGGUGAGGCAGCGGCAGACCCUCCCGGGGAACGGAGUGCUGCUUAAGUACUGGAGCGUACCAGCCACGCAGAACCACUCUCGAGAUUGUGACGUCCAGCUUUUCGGAACGCAGGGAACCGUACAGAAUCCGGUGCUGGCCUGGGCAGAGGAGGGGACUCCUGUGUGUCGUAUCUUCAUUGAUGUGCCUCCUAGGUUCACAAUUGCCAUUCACGCUUUGAACAUGGACUUGGACACGCGGGGCAACAAGACGCACUCCAGUUACAUUCUGAUUCGCGAUUUGAAAACAUUAGGAUCUAAAGUGUUUUACGGAACCCACUUGUUCUUCUGGGAGUCCGCGGGGAGCCAGGCGGAAAUUGAAUUUCACGGGGACUUCUCUGAAGAAAGAGUCAGCUUCCGCGCUCAGUACUGGGCCCAGAAUUAAAAGCGGUGGAGCAUUUUCUGCUGCUACAGCAACAAAGACUUUCAACCAAUGAGUGUCCUCUCCUUGUGUCACAAUGCGGCCCCGACAAAAAUACAAAUGGAGAAAAAUACCUGAUGAUCAAAUACUUUCCUCCGGAGGUGGUUUGGUCGGGGGGCGUUUAAUGUAUAUUAUUCAUCUGGGUAGGUGGGACGGUACCUUUGACAUUAAUGUACGUUUUCUAUAAUCCUAUUUAUGGUUAAAUCAGCUUUAAAAAUGUAUAAAA